CUUUACACCAGCUUCUCGGAGAGAACCUAAUUGCCAGCAGGCUGGUUAUCUGUGAUCGAUCAGUGUGGAACCUGUUUACCAUGGAACGCUGGGCUGUGUGUUAGGUGUCGAUCACAGCUAUACCUAUAUAUUAUAUAAGUCCUACAAAGGGAUACCAUGGACUUUUUAUCAACGUUUAACUUGUGCGACAUGGAGCUUGCACGAGAAAUUCAUAUUAUAGCUUGUGUCUACUACACAUACAAAAUCAAUUAUUUCUUCUCAUCAUAAAGUUGCUUGAAGGAUGGGAUCUUCUGCUUGAAGGAUGGGAUCUUCUGCUUGAGGUCUUGAUUGGUAUCAUCACACAGUACUAUUAACCUAAAGAUUUCUGGAAGAAGUACUUGAAGAUGAUGUUUGAUCGCAAUCCCGUUUCUUGAUGUUGUUUACACUAACAGUUGUUGGAAGGUUGAACAAUGGGACCAACGGUUUGGUUGGUUGCUUAUGUGACCUUGACUUAAACAUGAGUUGACUGCUGGCUCUGUCCCAGGAAACACCUUGUUCGUUAAGCGGUAGCUAAACCGAUUGGUGAGACGGAACACUAGCCAGCUCUACUUCUGUAAUUAAUAGAAUUAGUGUAUUGGAAAAUGUUCGAUUUCUGUUAUCCAUACCGGGAUGCCUACAUCUUACUCAUGCAUAUGCAAAUGGAUUUGUCAGUUAAGGAGAAUUAGACCUAUACACAGGUGACUUUACCGUGAGACAUAGAAGGAACCAUAGGCACAUUCUGUAGUAGAGUACUUCGCCAUGGGAGAUACAACCUAUACCGAAGGCGGUGCAUCUUCCGCCUCCUUCAACGCCUCGACCAAAAUAUUGGAGAGCCCAAUGGCAAGUUUAUUGACUUCGCCUGAAAGGACAGUUGUCACUGGAUACCUUAUUUUCAUAGGAACAGGUGGUACUAUUGGGAAUGUUAUCAUCUUGGCUCUCUUCAUACGAUUUAAGGCUCUACGGACAAGAGUAAAUGCCCUGAUGUUGAAUCUAGCCAUAGCUGAUCUUGGAAUAAAUGUGUUUGGAUUCCCCUUCAUGGCAUGGUCUAUUAUCAGAGAAAGGUGGAUGAUUGGUUCUAUUGGAUGCCAGUGGUAUGCUUUCAACGGAAUGUUUUUCGGCAUAGCAAGUAUAGGAAGCUUGGCAGCUAUCAGUAUAGACCGCUAUUUCCUCACAUGUCGAUAUCACCAAUAUCUGGAGAUCACACGUCGCCAUUACAUCUGGCUAACUGUGGUGGUGUGGGUUAACGCCUUCUUCUGGGCGGCGAUGCCCCUAGUCGGCUGGAGUAGAUAUGCCUUAGAACCGUCAAACAUUGCGUGCCUGAUUGAUCUCCGAGUACGGGAUGCUGGUUUCAUCUCUUACGUCAUCAUGAUCUUCUUGAUCUGCUUCUUGUUCCCCCUCGUGGUCAUCGGCCUGGCCUACGUCCACACCCUCAGAGUCAUGCGUGCCAUCGGGGAGGGUGGGGCACAAGAAAACGUCGAGUGGACAAAUGAAAAACAGACCACAAAGAUGGGGGUUAUUGUAGUGAUGCUGUUCGUGGUCGGGUGGUCUCCCUAUGCGUGCCUUCACUUGUAUGCCUUAUUUGACUCCCCCUACAAAGUGACUCCUCUGCUAACUACAAUUACAGCUCUGUGUGCGAAGACGUCCACAGUGUACAACCCCGUUGUGUACAUCGCCAUGAACAGACGCUAUAUGCUUGCCCUCAAAAAGAUGUUCAAGUGUGUUUUCACAUACAGGGACCAUGAAGCAAUUCAGAUACACAACUUGACGUGAUCGUAAAACCAGAACAUGUAUCAUUGUUAUAUCCCCAUAUCAUGAUUAUACCUAUCACUUGCUUUCAAUACACGUUUUGUUGUAUGUGCACUGUCUGUUAAUGUCUGUACACAUUUGUUAACGUUGUUACAAUACAGUAAAACCGAAAAUACAGUGUCUCUUAAUUAAGGCUCUGGAAGAAUUCUUGGCUCAAAACCCCGCUUGCCACGAACUACGCACGCCUCGAUAUAUUUCGCUGGCCCAUCGCGGGACAACCAGGUGUCACAGUUUGUGUGUAGAGAUUUGGAGAGAGAAUGGCAUAUAAUUGAUAUAUCCAUCAUGUAAACGUGGAACAAUAUAUUUGCUAUGAAUGUCGUACAGUGGUACGAUUGCCCAAGCUUGGUUCAAUACAGAACCGUUGUUUUUGAUCAUUGAGACACGUUCAUUUCGGACUCAGGUUUUUUACAAACAUUGGAAAGAGACGGAGUGUUAGACUGCGUACCUGUGAUCGAAUAUCCUCGCUACUACCCAUGCAAGUGAACACAAUGACCGUAUGCAGAAUGCAACUAUCGACUCCGUGCCUCCGUGCCUAGACAGUGACAGUCAACGCCAUUCUGGAACAAUCUAUGAAUCCACUUCAGCACCUAUUCAAUACGUGUGUUGUAAGUACUAAUCAUAUUAAAUUGAUCAACUAAAUCAGCAAAGAUGAAUAACACCCAAUUUCAUCACGUUAAGUGACAAAAGAUUUAAAAUCUCCCCGUAGCGUUAAGCGUGUCGGCCAUUUUGACGUCCUUUACUUGACGCAAAUGUAUUACUGUGCACUAUCACUGUGGAUGACAAUAGCCAUUGUUCAUCUGAUGAAGAUGUAAUUCAAUUAAGGAUUGACUGUGUAUUUUUUUCGGUUCAUUGAGGUAUGAAUCGAAUAACCA